AUGGAGACGAGAUCUGUGAAAUGGAAGAAGAAGAUGAAGAAGAAGAAGAUAGUGGAGGAAGCAAAUGGAGACAUGAUCAGCGACCUCCCUGAUUCUCUUAUUCACCAGAUUCUCAUCUUACUUCCUCUACAAUCCGCAGCUAAAACUAGCUCACUCUCGAGAAGAUGGAGAUCUCUCUUUCUCUCAUUGCCUGAUCUUGAUUUCACCUCCAUUAAUGAAAACCCUAAACCACAAUCUUUCUCUUCUAACUCCAUUUACCAAAUGCUUUCUCUUCGUGAUCACCGUGACUCCAACAAUCUCAGAUCACUUCGUUUCCGCGUUCCGAUCACUUUCACAAGUCUCAAUUCCUUGAUUCGUUUAGCUGUUACUCAUCAGGUUCAAGAUCUUGACAUUGAAGUCACUACCAAAGACUACUUCAACUUCCCUCGUUGGAUUGUGACAUCUCAAAACCUAAGAGCUUUGAAGCUUAAAUCAUCUUGUCCUGGUUUUAGAUUACCUCCUUCAUCAUCAAUCUCCGGAGGCUUUCAAAAAAUCACUUCACUCUCUUUAUCUCUUGUGAUUCUAAACAACCAGCCUUAUCUCUCUGAUUUCUUCACCGAUCCAAACUUUCCUCUUCUAGAGAAACUAGCCCUAGAAAAUUGCUUCGGGCUCAAGCAACUUAAGGUCAGUUGCUGUCUUCUCCAAGAGUUUACUCUAACAAACUCUUUGCAGCUUGAUGGUUUAGAGGUUUCUGGUAAUAGGCUAAAGAGACUUAAGGUUGUGAGUUGUUUCCAUUCGUACUCAGAAGAGAGUUUUGUGAAGAUCAACACACCGAAUCUCAAAACUUUCCUCUGGAACUCAAACGCAGUCACUACUAGUGUUCAUUUCUUGGACAAGUUAGUUUGUCUGAGAAAAGCUUUCGUUGGAGUGCUUUUACUUCAUCAAGAUCUCAGUUCUCAGACACAGAGCUUGUUCACUCUCUUGUCAGGUCUCUGUCACUCCUAUAAACUACAACUUGGAAACCAAUCCGUAGAGAUUUUGUCAAGCAAGAAGGGAUUAGUGAAGAUUCAUCUUCUACCGUUUCAGAACAUGAGAUUCUUGGAACUGCAAACACGUUUCAACAGACACAAUGUUCAAGCACUAUCAUGUCUGUUCAAGAGCUGUCCAAUGCUUAACAUACUUCUUCUCAAGAUCAUUAAUGACCAAAUAAGUGAAAGAAGGCAAUGGAAUAAGGAUUUGUGGGAUAUGUCAAACUCAGAGAUUCAGUACUGGGAAUCUCAAACCUGUGAAGUGGAAUCUUUCUUGAACCACUUGGAGUUUGUGGAGAUUAAUGGCUUCUUAGAGUGCGAAAACGAAAUGAGCCUGGCGAUCUUCCUGCUAAGGCAUGGAAAGGCUUUGAUCAAGAUGACUCUUCGAUCUAGUUUCCUUUGUAGAGACUCUCUCCGGAGACAAAUGAUAAGGUCACAGCUAAUGGGAUUCUCUAUGGCUUCUUCCAAAGCCAAAAUCUCAUUCCAAUGA